AUGUCUGAUAAGAAUUCGUUUGGGAGAAGAACUUGGGACAGAGAAGAAUACGCGAAACAGGCUCAGCUACGACGUGAACAGCAACAAAAUAAGACAAUAGAGGCUGUUGAAGGUCAUAAAUCAAUAUCAAGAGAUGCUUUGAAUUUCAACACAGACUUGAACAAAAGACAAGUGAUUGCUAGUAAUGUGGUUUCGACAAGGGGUAAAUCAUUUGGGUUUUAUUGUGAGGUUUGUGAUUUAACUUUCAAAGAUAAUUUAAAAUAUGUGGAUCAUUUAAACAGUAAACCUCAUUUGAUAAGGAGUGGUGAAUUGAAUAAAGAGGUCGAUGUUAGUCUUGAUGAGGUUAAACAACGCUACGAAAUGCUUGUAAAAAAAGUAGAUGAGAUGUUGAAUGAAAGUGAGAAAUAUGAUAUCAAGAAAAGAAUUGCAAAAAGACAAGCAUUUGAAGAAGAGUUGAAGCAAAAGAAAUUGGCGAAGAAGAAUUCAAAGAAGAAGCAAGAAACUGUUGAUGACAGUCAAGAUGAUGAGAUGACAAAAUUGAUGGGGUUUGGUGGGUUUGGAAGUACGAAGAAAUAA